AUGACACUGGAUGCGGAAUAUGGCUUGGUUCGUGGAGAUUCGCAAGUCAAUUGUUCUGUGGUUCAAGCGUGUGUCCAGGCCAACAUGAAUGUGCUUCUUUUCAUAAUCUCCAAGCUCUGCCUCGCAACGUCUGAGCGAACAUGUCAAAUAAAUGGAAAUCUGGACAGCAGCGGCGCCCAGGAACUACAUCGCCGCAGAGAGAGCCGAGCUGUGCGUACCGGCGAUCACAAGAUGGCAAUACUGGUCAUCACCGUGGUGGACCUGCAGUGCUGCCGCUGCAGAGCCAAGAUCACCAAAAUCCUGGAAUGCCUCAAAGAGGAGUUCUGCAUUGAGAAGAUUGAGUUCGAGGACAAGGUCAACAAGGUGAUUGUACGCGGGAAGUUCGAUGGAGAGAAGCUCAAGACGACGAUAUUAUGCAAGGCCGGCAAGAUCGUUAAGGAGAUAGCCAUCGUUGAAAAGUGGCCACCACCUUCUCCACCGAAAUGCAAGACGGCAAUACUGGUCAUCACCAUGGUGGACCUGUGCUGCGCCUGCAGAGCCGAGAUCACCAAAAUCCUGGAAGGCCUCAAAGAGGAGUUUUACAUCGAGAAGAUUGAGUUCGAGGAUAAGCUCAACAAGGUGAUCGUACGCGGGAAGUUCGAUGGCGAAAAGCUCAAGAAGACGAUAUUAUCCAAGGCCGACAAGAUGAUUAAGGAGAUAGCCAUCGUCGAAAAGUGGCCACCGCCACCGCCUCCGCCUCCGCCCAAACCAGAAUGCAAGGUGGUGCCGUAUCCAUACCCUGUACCGUAUCCGUUUCCAUCCCAGAGCUGGCCAUGCCCGCCAACUCAGCCUCGGUGCCACUGCUGCAAGCCGCCACCGGAAAAACCGCCACCACCACCGGAAAAACCGCCGCCCUGCAAGUGCAAGUGCAAGUGCGAGCGCGAGUGCUCGCACGACAAGGAUGAAUGCAAGCAUCAUUGCCCACCAUGCCCGCCGUGCCCACCGUGCCCGCCGAACUUCUGGCCGCCGCAGCCGUGGCCCUGCCGGUGCCCAGAGCAGGACAGCCAGUGCUCCAUCAUGUGA